CUCAUGGUAUGUCUCAGCCCAGGUUAGAGGAACACACAGAGCCCCUGCUAACACCACCUCUCCUAUACUAAACACUCUUUGGAAGGGACCUCAGUUAUCAUUUAUGGACUGGUUUCAUUGUAUUCCACAUUCAUUGGGACCCGUCCUGUAAAAGGUCGAUAAACAAUCCAGUGUAACACCUCUCCACAACUAAAUGACAUUUGGAAUGACAGUUUUAUUGUGGUGUCGGUAGUUAUAACCUGAUGUCUGUGUGUGAUAAACGGCGUUACAUAAAGUAUAAAUGAUAAUUUUUUAAAUAAAUAUCCUGCUUUUUAUGAAACAAUGUUGAGGUCAGCUGCAAGAUAAAAUCAUGUAAUGUAUAUUUGAAAACAUACCCAUAUCAUCUACUUUUGUUACUAAAAGAUAAAAAAAAAAUCACAGAAAUAAGCCCUGGGCUCAAACUCUCACUACUUGUAAAUGGGUUCCAUGGAUACAGUGUUCACAGAAGUGUGAUUGACUUGGAGUUACAUUGUGUUGUUUAAGUGUUCCCUUUAUUUUUUUGAGCAGUGUAUUUUAAUUUUAUAACAUGACAGGAGGCUUAGUAAUUGCUUAAGGCUCUCUUUACUAGAACUCCACAGCAGCACAGAAAAACAACCAAUCAGAAAAACGUUAGGCACUAUAAAACUCCCCUCCCCAUGCAUCAUUUCCUCUUUCUUUGCUGCUCCGCAGUCAGUACAGGCAGGGCCAGACUGGGGAAAAAAUUCGGCCCAGGCAUUUUUUUAUCACAGCGGCCCAUUAAGAAGGGGGCGGGGCAGAGAGGGUGUGUUUUGUCAUCACUCAUGACAAACAUGCGCCCUCUCAAAGUGAGCAUGUUGGUUCAAUGCUCUUCCAGGGCAGACCAUGCACAGAGCUCUGCUGAAGAGCUCUAGCAUGAGAAAAAAGCCCUGUAUUUGUUCUGUGCAGUGCAAGCAAAUUUAAUAACAUGCUUGCACUGUGUUUCCUUGCAACUUGUCUCUGGUGUCUCUAUAAAUGGAUACCAGGAGACAAAAGGGCCAGGAAAGAGUAUUGUGCAUGUGUUUGGAGCCUGCUUGUGGUAUUGCGUGUGUGCAGAGUGAGCUGGUCGUGGUGUGGUAUUGUGUAAUAAGGUUGGUUUUAGUCGUGUUGUGUUUGUGGUGUAAUGUAAUGCAUAUGUGGCUAGGGGCUGUAGAGAAUGUGUCUAUAGGGGAUGUAGCAAGUGUGUGUAUACAGGCUAUAGUGUGUGUGUGUGUGUGUGUGUGUGUGUAUACAGGCUAUAGUGUGUGUGUGUGUGUGUUCAGGGAAUGUAUGGGUUUGCUUACAAGGAAUCUAGUGUGCCUAUAGGGGAUCCAGAGUGUGUGAGUGUGUGUGUGUGUGUGUGAAGGACCCAGACUACAUAAAGGAGAUCUAGUGAGCGUGCGUAUAUAACGGAUUCAGAGUGUAUAUAGGGAUCAAGUGUGUGUAGAUGAUUCAGAGUUGGGUAGAGGAUCUAGUGUGUGUCUGGAAUGAAAUGUGUUUAGGGGUGCUGUGUGUGUGUGUGUGUGUGUGUGAGGGGUGCUGUGUGUGUAUAUAUAUAUAUAUAUAUAUAAUAUAAAUAUGUUUGGAAGUAUUGUGUAUGUGUGUGAUGCAGUGUAUCGGGGGGUUGUGUGUGUAUGUGAGGGGUGCAGUAUGUGUGUGUGAGUGCUGUGUAUGAUGUGUGUGAGUGCUGAGUGUGAUGUGUGUGAGUGCUGAGUGUGAUGUGUGUGAGUGCUGAGCGUAAUAGUGCUGUGUAUGAUGUGUGUGAGUGCUGUGUAUGAUGUGUGUGAGUGCUGAGUGUGAUGUGUGUGAGUGCUGUGUAUGAUGUGUGUGAGUGCUGAGUGUAAUAGUGCUGUGUAUGAUGUGUGUGAGUGUUAUGUAUGUGUGUGAGUGCUGUCUAUGAUGUGUGUGAGUGCUGAGUGUGAUGUGUGUGAGUGUUGUGUAUGAUGUGUGUGAGUGCUGUGUAUGAUGUGUGUGAGUGCUGUGUAUGAUGUGUGUGAGUGCUGAGUGUAAUAGUGCUGUGUAUGAUGUGUGUGAGUGCUGUGUAUGAUGUGUGUGAGUGCUGAGUGUAAUAGUGCUGUGUAUGAUGUGUGUGAGUGCUGUGUAUGAUGUGUGUGAGUGCUGAGUGUAAUAGUGCUGUGUAUGAUGUGUGUGAGUGCUGAGUGUAAUAGUGCUGUGUAUGAUGUGUGUGAGUGCUGAGUGUAAUAGUGCUGUGUAUGAUGUGUGUGAGUGCUGUGUAUGAUGUGUGUGAGUGCUGAGUGUAAUAGUGCUGUGUAUGAUGUGUGUGAGUGCUGAGCGUAAUAGUGCUGUGUAUGAUGUGUGUGAGUGCUGAGCGUAAUAGUGCUGUGUAUGAUGUGUGUGAGUGCUGUGUAUGAUGUGUGUGAGUGCUGAGUGUGCUGAGUGUGAGAGUGCUGUGUAUAAAUGUUGUGUGUUAGGGGGUAAAUAAACAAAUAAAAACCUAAGUGGGAAUAAAUAUACAAAUAAAAAAAAAAUAAGGGGGGUAAAUAAACAAAAACACUAAUCAUGCAUUAUCCCCCCCCCCUCCCCUUACCUGUAGCCUGGGAGGAGGAGGGGUCCGGCACGCUGGUGAGUGGGGGGGACCAGCACUCACACACGAUCCCUGGUGGUCCAAUGGUGACUCUCGCAAGAUCGGGGCGUUGCCAUGGCAACGCUCCCGAUCUCGCGAGAGGAACCGGCGGAGCUGCAAAAUAGAGCUCCGCCGGGUCCUCUCCCUCUCUCCCCAGCCGCAGGUCUGUUUAAAUGGGCCGGUGAGGGAGAGCUUUGAUCUCCCCACCGGCCCUCCAUGGAAGACAGCGGGGCCGGCGCUCGGAUAGUGCCGGCCCUGCAUAGACCGGCAGGGGAUGUCCUGGGACCUCCCCUGCCGGCCUCGGCCCAUGGCCACCGCGGCCCACCGGGCAUUUGCCCGGUGUGCCCGAUGGCCAGUCCGGGCCUGAGUACAGGUCAGAGUACCACUGCCUCCUGCUUCUAGUUGGUGGCUUUCGGUUUUAUUGCUUAUAUACGCAGUAUUUUAGUCUUAUAAAUGCAGUAUUGUUAUAAUCCUUGUGGGAUUUUAUUCUUAAUGCUGGGAGUGAAGUUAGGGGAAGUAUUGUAAGAGGAAGAAGAAAGAUGAGAGAUCUCUUCUCUGAUUGUAGAGAUCUUGUCAGUGAAGUGAGUUGCAAAGUCUGAGGCGGUCAAGUUAGUAGGUGGAGGAGGAACAGCAGGGCGAAGAAGAGAGUUAAAUGUGUUUUCUUAUGUAGGCAGUAUUGUUAUGGUCUUUGUGGGAUUUUCUUAGUGCCUGUAACUCCAGGCCAUCUCUGUGUCUUCAUCUACUAUCUGUCUACUAAUUCGAACGCGGUCAGCGGUGUGUGCAGCCAAAUCUAUGGAACUGUUUUCGGCUACCCAAUUGCACUAACACCGCUGACCCGUACGUUCUACUCUACUUCGACACUGCGGCUUGAGAUUAAGUCCCGUUCGAAGAUUUGAACGGUCGUUCGAAUGGGACGUAGUCAUUUUCUCGGUGUAAAAUAGACCGACCGCACAGCCCAAAUCCAUGGAACUGUUUAGGGCAUGAAAAUGUGCCUGCGGUCGGUCAAAAGUGACUUAUAUGUAUCUCCCGAACGACUGAACGGAUUCUAAUGAUUUUUGGUUAUGUUUGUAUUUGGAAUGUGCUGAUUAAUAAUAUGUGACUUUUAUUAAUAUUGAAUGUAUGGUUUUAGAGUUAUGAAAGUUGGGUAAAAAGUGUGUUUUAAAAUGUAUGGAUAAUUGGGUUACCUCUCAGGCUAAGGGGAGGAGAUGUGUGGGAUGUAACCAUUGUGUGAUUGGGUAAUGUAUAAUUGUCCAUGGGCGUCUCCCUUGCAGGGGAGAAUUGCAUAAAAGCAGAGUGUGUGUCAUUAAACUUCAGAUCCUGUUUGACCCUCAAUACGUAGCCUUGUCUCGUUAUUGGAGGGAGCUGUUAUCAUCACACUGGGGAUUACUAUGCUCUGUAUACUCCCCUGAGCCUUUAAUCACUUAGCUCUUUUAAGAGCUUGUUCCUGAUACGCUCUGCUGGAGGAGAGGUCUUCCCCACACGGUCCUGGAGGACAGAAGCUGAUCCAGGGUGGAUGGAAGACGACGAGGCUCCAGUUAAGCUACGGCGGUUGUGGAGUCUGUGGUGGGUGGUGUCCACUGCGGUGCUUGUGGUCCUCGGCGCAAGCUAGGAAGCGUCCAUUAAUGGAAGGUGAUCCAUUACAUCUACAUUAUUUGUCGUUUCUUGGUUGUCGAUCCUUCCAAUUAUCCUAACGCUCGGGUGGUCGAGAGGCCUGACUUGACCUCCCCAGACCUCCCGGGCUCUCGUGCAUUGCGGAGAACGUCUCCAGCUUUCCUCAGGCUACCGACGGUCAUCCUGGAUCUCGCACGCGCGCUGGAUCUGGGCGGUCCAUUGGUAGAUUCCACCAUUAUUCUAGAAUGUUAAUUUCUCUCAUCAUCCCUUUCUGUUAUUCUAGAUGGGCGCGGCACGAGGUCGUUAGAUUACCCCAUCUACCAUCGGUCUGGUUUAUUUCCAGUUGAUUACACCUCUCAGGUGAGCAAUUCAGAGAGAGGUCUCGGGGUCAGAGAGAGACCCACCUCAGGAUCUCAGUCUUAUGCUGAUAUUAGUAAUGAUGUACCCCCACAGUUGGUCACCCUGAGUAUUUAA